GUAAAGGAAUGUCGCAUCUCAGGAACGCAUCCAGCGCGCGCCCAACAGAUGAAGCCUCGUGCUCCUGCUGUUGAGUGUAGGGUUAAUACCGACAGAUGGGGCGUGGUUUAGAUCAAUGACAACCACCUCACUACAGUCAAUGUAAAAAAGACAACAAGAUCACAGUCCUGGCAGGUCCCUGUGCUGGUUUCUGGACUGACCGCAGCAGACAGGAGGAAAAGACUCCUGAUCGUGCGCAGCUGCUGCCACCCCACUUUCACGGGAGGAAAUUAGUUGGCGACGGCCGAUCUGAAGGAGGUGCGACCUGCAAUGAGUGUCUGAUCGCUCCUCUUCCUCGCCUCUGUCUGUGGAUCCAGGGAGGCUUCAGUGCAGGACCGAGUGAGGCUACAGUGGAUGGGGUCGAUGGAUAGAGGGGGACGAAGGGGAUAAAGCAGCUGCAGUCGCUGGUGAGGUAAAGUCAUCCAGGGGAGCACAGCCCGGGCUGGUUCAUGGGGAUUGCGACUACCUUACGUAACUGUGCUUUGUGGGGAGACUGGCUGGGAAACUGCUCGGGCCGAGCUUGUUCAUUACACCGAGGAUAGACAGGUAAGUCACAUUAUACUGUCAACAGACUGCAUGCCAAUUCUAAUUUGAUUAAAAUGUGCAAAACACUUCAGUUCUUAUCAUUUUGAAUGUUGGAUAUUUUCCACGAGGGUUUGUGUGAUAUUAACAAAGAACACGUAAAACAGCUAUUAUAAUAAAAUUAGUUUACAAACUGCCUUUGCCAGUUAUGUACGAGAUUAAUUCCUCUAUCAACUCGGCAGCCUGUGCGCAUGCGCUCUUCAUGACUCCAGAUUAACACAAAUAAUGGACAGGCUGGGUGAUUAUUGCAGUAGGUCAUGUCGUUUGCAGCGACAAGAAGCUACAUGUUUGGGCAGUUUUAGCACAGAAAAAGUGGUGUUGCACAUUCAAACCUUCGUGCAACUGUAGCUGGUUGGACUGCAUGCAUUAGUGACACACUGAUCCAGGAGUGUAUUACACAAGCUCAAAGUAAUUUUUUCCUUUAAAUUUCAGCCUCUUAACUGGUAGUUAUUAAGGAAAGGGCGCCCCUUAGAGAAAACAGAAGUCUUUGCAGCUUGAAGCCUCCCUUUUUCCUUUUUUUCUCAGCUGAAUUGUCUCCUUGUGUUUCCUCUAUGUAGGUGAAGUGGGAGAAGUGCAACCACAAGUUCGUCCACCCACCCAGCAUGAUCAAGGAACACACCGUCUUCCAUCAGCAGUGAGCAGGUCAACAUGAACGAGGGCUGUAGGCAAGGAGGAGGGGCCAUCACUGUGGAGGCUGAUGUCAUCCUCCACACUGUGAACCCUGACCUUGUCACACCUCCUGAUAAAGAUGUGAAUUUAUGCUCAGGUUAUGUCCAAGGACUCCUCAAGGAUUCUGAGGACUUCAGCCCCCCACCUGUGUUCGAGAAGGAAUACCUGUUGGAUGGGAAAAUGAUGGAGAAUAACCAUGUCGAUCAUCAGCAAGGAAACGGUUCCUGCAUCCCAAGAGCUGAUGAGUUUUCCCUCCCCGGUGAUAAGGGAACUCCAGAUUUCUCUCCUUUUGCUGAUUCUGCUGUAACCAAUCACAUUGCUGCCAUGCAACAAAAUUGUACAAGCAGUGAAAUCCACAACGGCGCCAGAGCCAAAGUGUCUUCCAGUGCAGAUUCCUCCAUAUGCUCGCCAAGCCAGGCCAAACAGGAAACUGACUGGUCAGUCCUAGAUUCAAACCUUAAAUGCAGGAACAGCGGCCAGGAGAACACACAGGCCAACAAAGAGCCUGAUUUAGUCAUAGAAGUGGGCGGGCAGAAGAUCAAUGCUCACAAGUUGAUCCUGGCAGAAAAAAGUGACUACUUCAAAGCAAGGCUGUCACGAGACAUCCUGAAAGUGAAAGGCAUCAGUUACAAGACUCUGUCUACAUUGAUAGACUAUAUUUACACCUCUCAAAUGAAUGUUUCCAAGGACAAUGUAGUAGAUGUCAUCACAGGGGCUAAAAUCCUCCAGAUCCCCUGCGCCGUCCAGGCUGCCAUGGACUCCAUGUCUGCACAAAUCACAGCAGAGAACUGCUAUGAGGUUCUCACUAUCGCCAAAAAACAGCGACUUAGUGAACUGAAGGAAACUGCCUACAGAUUCAUGAGUGACAACUUCCUCCAGAUCCUCAAAGACCCAGCGGUGUAUGGGCGCCUGACUGGAUCAGAGCGGGAUCUGAUCCUAAAGAAAAGGUUGGAGGGUAGGAAGACACUGAUGGUGGCGGAGAUUAAUGAUGUGUUUGAUCGUGUUGGGAGCAGGCCACCGAGCCGCUGUGGCAGCCGACCACAGAGCCCAUUGUCUGUGGGGUCUUUGGAGGAGGGUCAUAUGAUUUACUACUUCAAUGAAACAGAAAAUGACUGGAGAGCUUUGACUGCCAUGCCUGAGGACAUAAACACUAAAGGCUGUGGGAUCUGUACCAUGUACAACUACCUGUUUGUGGCAGGGGGAAUAAAGGGCUACGGAGACAAGGGCAAGGUUUCAGACAAGGUCUUCUGUUACAACCCGAUAACCAACCGCUGGGCUGAGGUCAGACCUCUGAUCCAGGCUCGGGCCCAGCUUAAGCUUGUGUCCAUGGAUGGCUACUUGUACGCCAUUGGAGGAGAAUGUUUGUUUACAGUAGAGAAAUAUGACCCCCGCAUGGACCGCUGGUCUACAGUGGCCCCCUUGCCGAAGGGAGCCUUUGCUGUGGCCCAUGAAGCCACCACUUGCAGUGGUGAACUUUACGUUUCUGGGGGCUCUCUCUUCUACCGUCUCCUGAAGUAUGACACCAAGAGGGACGAGUGGCAGGAGUGUCCGUACAACAACAGCAGGAAGAAGUCCUCAGAUAUGGUGGCGCUUAAAAGCUUCAUUUACCGCUUUGAUGUGAACAGGGAGCAAGGGAUCAAUGUGUUCAAAUACAACAGCAUAGUGAAAAUGUGGCAUGAUUGUGCAUCACAGAGGCUGGGGAGCCACUUACCCUUCAGGUGUGCUGUUAUUGGUAACUGCAUCUUCUGUGUGAACAAAAGCCAGACUCUUCAGUUUGUAGUGGAGGAGGAGAAUGCCUACUUUGUGGAGGAGCCGCUCAGGGCGCCUCUGGAAGCAAAAGGCGUUCUGUUUCCUUUUGUUCUAACUUUGCCUGAAAAGCCUGACAGAGUGACAUAGUAUGGAUGUGAGUGAGUGAGUGAGUGAGUGAGUGAGUGAGUGAGUGAGUGUGUGUGUGAUCCAGAAUAACUCAAUUAAUAUGACAUAGCAAAACUGGAAGAAGCAGAAGACCUUAUUAACACCCUCAUGUCAGCUCUAUAGCUCAGUAUCUCUGGCCUGCUUGCAGUGGAAUGUGUGUAUUUGCAUGGCAGUUUCAUGUGUCUGCAGCCUUAAACUGAAACAUUCUUAGUUUUGAAUGAAUGACAAUAAUAUUUGUAACUGACUGUAAAUAUUGUUAUGAUGACAGUGACUGUAGGUUAUUUGUGUAUUUCUUCUACUUAGUUUGGUUUUGUGCACUUUUAUAGUUAAAAUAGAGUAGAUAUUAUGUAGGAGAAAAUAACUAGUUGACUGGAAAAUCUGGUCAUAAAGACAAAUGUUUUGUUGAAGAUGUGUAAAGAGUGAGAACAGUUACGGUGGCUUUCAGGAAAAAGCAACACAAGGUCUAUGCAAACAGACAGUGUACACAGGUUGGACUGUUAUAUGGUAAUACUACAAGAUAGGUAUAAGAUGAGUCUGCCAGUGAGUUAAAACAGUAUUCCUAAAAAGCUCCUGUGAGGAACUUAAACUCUGAAUCAUUUCAUGUCCUCCUGUCCAUUAAUAUGGGAAACCCAUGUUCUUUUAUUUUGACAGUCAAACGUACAAUAAUCUCUGCUUACACUGAUCCUAGCCUGUGGUUUAGAUUAAAGAUAACCACAAAGAAACAGGGAGUGUUUACAUAGAUGAUCUUAUUGUUAUCAGCGCACUCUUCACAGGAGCUUGAAACUAGAGUUACAACUUAUAUUUCAUUAAUUCAUUCUAAAUCAAUCAAAGAAAUUUGUUAAAAAAAUAAGAAGUUACCAGGAAAAUAUAUAUUUUUCCAUAUCUCAAAAGGCCAAAGGUCUGAAUCCCAAAGAUGGAUUUUUUUAACAUUAUAUAUAAACAGUAGAGUUCAAAUCACCCCUAUAUAAUCUAGAUUAAGACAUCAAACAAGAUAUGAUGACUAUAGAGCUAUAUUUUUCAGUUUUCCCUAGAUUGACUUAUUGCUAUAGCUGUACCUCAUCACUGAUUUGCACUGCCUCAUGGGAAUUUCAUGAUAAAAUCCUCUAACAAGCAACUUUAUUCCUCAUAUACCACACACAUAUUAUCUUUGCUAAUUCUGCAGCCAGACAUGAUCCUGAAGAGGGGAAGGAAACUUAAGAUUUAAGAUUGAAAAAAUUCUAUUUUCCUACCUUGAGCUUAUUUGCCAAAGACAAAUGACAGUUCUGGCAGUGCGUAAGUGAAUAACGCUGACAUCAAAUGUUUUAUGGACUGAGUUUCUGAUAAAAGUGUUCCUCUGAUGUCUUUAUGGUCGGUUUAAAACAACAGGUCUUGUUGAGAUAGGGUGUUAUGUUUGCUCCUAACAGAGAUGGUAUGCAAAGUCAAAGGAAAUCCAGCCAUUUCCUCUAUUGGCUCUAUCCACUCAAGAAAAAGCAAUAGACUUGCAUUCAGCUGCUUGCACAUUUCGUCUCAGACUGAGUCAAUCCUAUAGGUCAAAGGUCAAAUCAGAUACCAGAGUUCUGCAGCAGGUCAUGGUCACGGCUCUUGUCUCUUCCACCUACAAGGCAAUCAUGUGAUGUGAAACUAACAUACCAGGUUAUCCUUGCAACCAAGCACAUUAGUUUCAGCUUUGCUCUAAAUUUUCCUUCUUUUUAAAAAAUUUCACAGUAUUUUUUUUUUUUUUUUUUUUGCUGCAAUAACAGAGUGGGAGUUUUUUUUAUGAAUGCUAAUGUUAAUAUAUUCUUGGAACAAAUUGCUAAGGAUAACAUUUAAGAAAUGUCUCAAAGCAGUCAAUGUGACAAAGACAAAAUGGAUGUGAUAUAAUAUUUUGCUGGCUGCCAUCUGUAUUUUUGUGACUAUUUUGUAUGGGAUUGGUAGAUGUGGAUCUGCUGCUGUGAUGGAAAGUAAAGUGAUGCAAUGCUCAGUAAUGGCUUCUUGUUCAAGGCAUAUAGAGUGAGCUAACAAGUUAGCUGUUGGAUAAUGUAUGACUGACAGGGCAAAAUGCUUCAAAUAAAAUAUUUUGUGUCUGACAAAGA